AUGGCAGCAGUGGCGGCUGCAUCGGCUGAACUUCUCAUCAUUGGCUGGUACAUUUUCCGAGUACUGCUGCAGGUGUUCCUGGAAUGCUGCAUUUACUGGGUAGGAUUCCCUUUUCGAAAUUCUCCAGGGACGCAGCCUAUUGCAAGAAGUGAGGUGUUCAGGUACUCCCUGCAGAAGGUGGCGUACACCGUGUCCAGGACCGGGCGGCACGUGCUGGGAGAGCGCCGCCGAGCCCCCAACUAA